GCUCCGCCCCGCUGAGCUGCUGCAGCUGGUGGUCUGAAGAAGCUGAGGCGCGGGGCCCGAAGCCGAGAGGAACCUGGACGGCGUCGGGCGCGAGGGCGCGCGUCCCCCGAGUCGCAGCGCGGGAGGCGGCCGCUGGCACUCGGCCUCCCUACUUGCAGGUUCUCUCCCGGGACGCGGGAGAUCCCGGAGCGUGGCGGGGGUGCGAGGUGGAGCAGGCGGGGGCGGCCAAUGCGAAACUGGCUGGUGCUGCUGUGCCCGUGUGUGCUCGGGGCCGCGCUGCACCUCUGGCUGCGGCUGCGCUCCCCGCCGCCCGCCCGCGCCUCGGGGGCCGGCCGGGCAGAUCGGUUGGCCUUACUUCCGCAGUGGAAAUCUAGUCAUUAUGAUGUGGUAGUUGGUGUGCUGUCAGCCCGCAAUAACCAUGAACUUCGCAAUGUGAUAAGAAGCACCUGGCUGAAGCAUUUAGUACAACACCCAGCAUUAAGUCAACGUGUGCUUGUGAAGUUCAUAAUAGGUGCUCAUGGCUGUGAGGUGCCUGUGGAAGACAGGGAAGAUCCUUAUUCCUGCAAACUACUCAACAUCACGAAUCCAGUUUUGAAUCAGGAAAUUGAGGCGUUCAGUCUUUUGGAAGACACUUCAUCAGGGCUCUCUGAGGACCGAGUUGUCAGCGUGAGCUUCCGAGUUCUCUAUCCAAUCGUUAUUACCAGCCUCGGGGUGUUUUAUGAUGCCAGUGAUGUGGGUUUCCAGAGGAACAUCACCGUCAAGCUUUAUCAAGCAGAACAGGAGGAGGCCCUCUUCAUUGCUCGCUUCAGUCCUCCGAGCUGUGGUGUGCAGGUGAACAAGCUGUGGUACAAGCCUGUGGAGCAGUUCAUCUUACCAGAGAGCUUUGAAGGUACAAUCGUGUGGGAGAGCCAGGACCUCCAAGGCCUUGUGUCAAGAAAUCUCCACAAAGUGACAGUCAAUGAUGGGGGAGGAGUUCUCAGAGUCAUCACAGCUGGGGAGGGUGCCUUGCCUCAUGAAUUCAUGGAAGGUGUGGAGGGAGUUGCAGGUGGCUUUAUUUAUACUAUUCAGGAAGGUGAUGCUCUCUUAAAAAAUCUUCAUUCUCGCCCUCGAAGACUUCUUGAUCAUAUAAGUAAUCUCCACGAGGAGGAUGCCUUACUGAAGGAGGAAAGCAGCCUCUAUGAUGAUAUAGUGUUUGUGGAUGUUGUUGACACUUAUCGAAAUGUUCCUGCAAAACUCCUGAACUUCUAUAAAUGGACUGUGGAAACAACCAGCUUUGAUCUGUUGCUAAAGACGGAUGACGACUGUUACAUAGACUUGGAAGCUGUAUUUAAUAGAAUCGCCCUUAAGAAUCUGGAUGGGCCUAAUUUUUGGUGGGGAAAUUUCAGAUUGAAUUGGGCCGUUGACCGAACCGGGAAAUGGCAGGAGCUGGAGUACCCCAGUCCCGCUUAUCCCGCCUUUGCGUGCGGGUCAGGGUAUGUCAUCUCCAGGGACAUCGUCCACUGGCUGGCUGGCAACUCGGGGAGAUUAAAGACCUACCAGGGUGAAGAUGUAAGCAUGGGCAUUUGGAUGGCAGCCAUAGGACCUAAAAGAUACCAGGACAGCCUGUGGCUGUGUGAGAAGACCUGUGAAACAGGAAUGCUGUCCUCCCCUCAGUAUUCUCCGCAAGAACUAACACAGCUAUGGAAACUGAAGGAGUUGUGCGGUGAUCCUUGUCGGUGUGAAGCAAGAGGACGAUGAGGUCAAUUCGCGGUGUUAAAGGACAACAGAAGUUCUGACACAGGAACUUUAAGAAGACGUGACAGCAAGCCUUUCACCUUUUGAAUUGUCAUGGAUUCUGUCAAGGAAAAGAAAAACCAUCAAGUUCUCUCUAAGGACAGUUAUCUGUAAAACGAGCUCACGUGACAAGACCACAACUGUAAUGACAGCUGUCACUGUCAUUUCAUACUAUCAGUUUACCCAGGUAAAUGAUCAGGGAACGGCUCACCCACCACGUGGGCCACCAGAUCACAGUGUCACCACUUAGGGGGUCGUUUGGGAGGCUGGGGGAACGGAGCCGAUGUUUGACCUAAGUGCCCUUUGAUGAUGAGUUUUCAUACCAUUUCAGUGGUGUUUAAUAUUUCCUCCUUAACCUGAAUAAACCAGAAAUCAUAUUCUCA